AACAAAAAAAAAAAAUCAAAAGCGCCAGUAUACAAUCACUUCCAACGUACUCUCAAAGGUCAGAGUACCAGCAGCGACCAUUAGAACAACAAUGGAGUCUACUAAAUCCAAUCCCGAUGGCUACCAAAAUAUCUUAAUGAUGCGUCACGGUGAUCGCAUUGACCAAAUCGAUCCACUCUGGCUCGAUACAGCUGCGAGACCUUGGGAUCCUCCUCUCGUUCAAGACGGUAUGGUUCGGGCGUUUCGAACUGGUCAACGGAUUCGAUCACAGAUCCAAUUUCCGAUUCACCGUGUCUUCGUCUCCCCUUUUAUCCGAUGUAUCCAGACUGCUUCCGAAGUCAUCGCUGCUCUCUCCGCCGUUGAUUUCGAUCCCAACGCAACGUCGUCUAAAGACGUCGCUUCCAUCGAUAAAUCUAAGCUCAAGGUUUCUAUUGAAUUUGGAUUGAGUGAGAUGCUGAAUUCAAUCUCUAUUAAGCCUGAGAUUGCUCCCAAAGAUGGGAAAUUUGAUUUCAUGAUUUCAGAUCUUGAAGCUAUGUUUCCUCAUGAAAUGGUUGAUCAUAGUGUAGAUCCUGUUUAUAAAGAGAUGCCACAAUGGGAAGAGACUGUGGAAGGUUGCACAGAUAGAUUUCUUAAUUUGAUUAAGACUCUUGCUGAUAAGUAUCCUUCAGAGAACUUGCUCUUAGUCACUCACGGGGAAGGAGUAAGGACUACAUUUGCAACCUUUAAAGGCGUAGAUGUGUCUUACGUAGAGUAUUGUGCUGUUGAACUGAGAAGACAGGUAUUGAGUCAAGAUGGGUCUACUAAAGCUGGGGGCUUUGAGGUGAUUACAAGUCUUGGUCAAUGUGGAAUCAAGUACCAUUCGUUGAGCACCUCAGACCAAACUCCUGUUUAAGUCAAUGUUCCAGAUGAUCAUGGCACUAGAAAAAUACUGGAUAUCUAGAAACUCCUGGUUAACCGGACAUGAUCAGAAGACAAAGCUUGCUUCUUCUUCUUUCAUGGUGUUCUGCACUGAGAGUUGAACGAGCUGUAGGAUUGCAGGUCCAAAGAUGGAUGGAUCCUUUGACCUCUUGCAAGGAUUAAGAGAACUUCUUUUUUAAGUGUUGUACCGGCGGUUGAAUAUGUUUUUGUUGUUUAUUAUUGAUUCUAAACGUAAUUUUGGUUCUCAAGUCUUUUAAACUGAUUAUGCCUUUUUAUUUCUAAAAUGUCAUGUGUUUUGAUGUAUUCUUACUCUUUAUAUAGUUACCUCUUUCGUGCAUAUUAUAAGCACCAUCAGA